AUGGAAUCCCAGGAUGGUUCAAAGGGAGUAUUUCCAUUCUGUCCUCAGCCAGGCCCUACAUCCUUCCCACAAGGGCCAGUUGUGGUACCUGUACAGUCUUAUCAACAUCAAUGGAAAGAGCCCCAGCAAAAAUUCCUGAAAGGAGAUUCCAAGGCCCUGGGGACUGUCCAGAUCAUGAUUGCCUUGUUGAAUCUCAGCUUAGGUAUGCUUUUUAUUUUGAUUUCUGAAGAUACUGAUGGAAGUUGGCAUUUUCUGUGGUACAUCGGCUACAUAUUCUGGGGAACAGCAUUUUUCAUCAUCUCUGGCUCCCUCUCCAUUGCUGUAGAGAGGAGAACCACAAACGUUAUGGUCCAAAGCAGCCUAGCAAUGAACAUUGUCAGCUCAGUGAUGUCUGGCCUGGGAAUCAUCUUUCUCUCAAUCAGUUUGAUGGUACAUAUAUUCUUUCAUCGUUGUCAUGGAGGUUCCUUUUAUUUCUGCAUAAUGUUAAGAUCUAUAUGUCUGGGAAUCAAUGUGAUUCUGUUAAUACUAGCUAUCUUAGAACUUCUGGUCUCCAUUACAGUCUCAAGCUUUGGCUGCAAGGUAUUAUGCUGUGGCCAGAGUGAGGUCACUAUCUUCAUGCCUUCCUCUACCUACUAUGUGCCAGAGAACCCUGCUGCUGAAGCAUGCAACGGAGGGACAAUGCUUCAAAAUCCAGUUGCUGACACAACAAAUACAUCACCAGGAAGCCAUCCUGAUAGUCACAUAUAG